AUGCAGAACGCGACUGAAACACCUAGUAUAACACCAGCGGGGACGAAGUCGAAGAAAGUAUGGACCACCCUCAUCACUAACACGGCAUACCUGACCGGCCUCCUCACCCUCGAUUACAGCCUGAAGAAACACGGCUCGAAAUACCCACUCGUCGCAUUGUAUACCGACACUUUCCCCGCCGAAGGUCACAAGGCGCUCGAUGAGCGCGGCAUUCCCAAACAGCAUGUCAAGUACUUGCUACCUACGGUCAACAAGGACUUCACUAAUGACCCGCGCUUCUAUGAUUGCUGGAGUAAACUGACGCCAUUCUCGUUGGAAGAGUAUGACCGGGUUGUCCAGCUCGACAGCGACAUGGUGGUGCUGAAGAACAUGGAUGAGCUGAUGGAGCUGGAGCUGGAUCCACCGAGUGCCGGAGGCAAGGGCGACAGGGUAUUUGCAGCGAGCCAUGCCUGUGUAUGCAAUCCGCUCAAGAAGCCGCAUUAUCCUAAGGACUGGAUCCCCGAGAACUGCGCAUUCACUUCGCAACAUGGCGACCCUGAUGCCGCUCAGAAAAUCGGUGCUCCUUCUACAGCCGGUCUUCGCAUGCCCAACGGAGGUCUACAAGUCGUCAAUCCUUCCAAGGCUACGUACGAGCUUAUUCUACAACAACUUGCCAACGAAACAUCCAUGUCGUACGACUUCGCCGAUCAGUCUCUCCUCGGCGAUCUCUUCAACGGGCGCUGGGUCGCUUUGCCAUAUACCUACAAUGCGCUCAAGACGAUGCGAUCAAAGGAUGUACAUGGUGCGAUAUGGAAGGAUGAAGAGGUCAAGAAUGUACAUUACAUCUUGAGCCCGAAGCCUUGGGAUGAGGCACCUGGCAAAAGCUCUGCAGAAAUACAUGAGUGGUGGUGGCCUAUUAACGACGAAAGACGCGCGGCGGAGAAGAACAAGGGCAUCGAUGACGGUUUCUAA